UUUGCUUUGGAGGGCUAGUCUUUUGGCAAUUGGACUAUCAAUCAUCAAUUCAUCAUUACAUUUCAAUGCUAAUCUCCUAAAUUUGCAAAAUUAGAGGGUACUUGGGCUAAUGCAUGGGAUAUGUUAUUUGCGAAAAAAUAACAAUACAAAGUAUACUGUUUGUAGUUAGUUAUUUGAGUCCCUUGCAAAAAACAGGAAAAUUAAGAAAUUAGUGGACAGGUAAUUAUUGAUAUGAAGUGCAUAAGAUUUGAGUAUUACGGUUUUGGAGGAUUGAGGUGAAAUGUUAUAAAAAUGGCUUUGCAAUUAUAAUAUAGUUGAUGAUAUUAAACUCCGUAUUAGGGGUGUUUAAAAAUCGGAAAAAUGAAUAGGAAUGGACCGAAUUUUGGACCAAUUUUUUCAGUCCGAUCCUUGCUUAAUAGGUCCAGUUUUUUAUUCUUGAAAUUAAAUCUUCCGGUCUUUGAUCCGCUUGGACCGAUAAACAGCCUACUUCAUAUGUUUAUUUACAUGUGGCAUACGUGUAAGUAAAUACCCUAAAUUUGCACUAUUCAUGGAUAAAGCCGUUAACAAUGGUAAUGGUUUAGAAUUUUAUCCAUGAUGAUAAUCCGGAGCUCCCUCUUUUAAGGAAAUGACUAAAAUACCCCCCUACAAGCAAAAAAAACCAGCUAGUGCCAAGUGGAGAGUGAAAAUCUAGAAUCUUUUAUCUUCCUGCCAAACCAAUCCCCUCAACUCCCUACUCUUUACCCCUUUCCCUUAGCUUUCUCAGUGCUACAACCCAACAACCUCGCCGCACCAAGGCGUUGGACCACCUCCAUCCGCCGCCUUAUCACUCGCCAGAGCUCCGUCCCACCACCGAUUUCAGUUUUUCUUACCUCCAUUUUUUCAAAGGGAUGUUUUUACCCCAUUAAUUCCGGCAACUUUGCAAUUUUGAAAAUUAGGGUUUUAUCAUCCUCAUUUGAUUAAAUCCUUAAAACCCCAGAAAAAUUAAUGCUCAUUUGAUUAAAACCUUAAAAACCCAGUAAAUUUAUCCUCAAUUUAAAGUUGAUUUGGUGCAUAUUCGCGUCGUUAUCAUGCCCAGGAUACCUGUUUUGAUGAGCUUACCUCGAUUCAGCUUUGCUCAAUGCCGCCCAAUUUUCUCUCUCCUCCAUGGAACCUGCAACAAUGGCGGUUAUACCCAUAUUCCAGCUUCUUCUUCUCUUUCUUUCAUUAGCAAAAAAACCCUUUUCAGUUAUCCCUUUUCCUCCACCUUUGCAGUUUCUGCUGCUGCAACUUCUUCAACCAAACCUGUUUCUUCUUCGGAUGUUCCGGGUAUAAGGAUGACAUUGAAACAAAGGAAAAAAGCCCGGGGCGUGACGCCUGAAUACAUACUGAAGUGUAAACUUGAUAUGUGUUCAAAGUUUAAUAAGCUUGAUGAAGCUCUGCGCCUUUACGAUGCUGCUAGAGUUGAUGGUACAGAACUAUCUCUUCAUCAUUAUAAUACACUUUUUUAUUUGUGUUCUAAUCAUGCUUUGAAUGGUAUUAGUGAUUGUGUUAUUGAUAGUUUAGAAAGGGGAUUUGAGAUAUUUAGACAAAUGGGUAUUGAUAGAGUUGUUCCGAAUGAGGCUACAUUUACUAGUAUGGCUAGAUUAGCAGCUUGUAAGAAAGACCCAGAAAUGGCUUUUGAUUUAGUUAAGCAGAUGAAGGAUAGUGGUAAUGUUCCGAAGCUUAGAUCGUACGCGCCAGCAUUGUUUGGGUUUUUAGAGAAGGGGGAUGCCGAUGGGGCGUACAAGGUGGAUGCACACAUGAAAGAGUGUGGGGUAGUGGCUGAGGAGCCUGAGCUUGCUGCUCUUUUGAAGUUGAGUGUGGAUGCCAGGAGGGGAGAUAAGGUUUAUGAGAUGUUGCAUCGAUUGCGAACUAGUGUGAGGCAGGUUUCUGAAGAGACUGCUAGGAUAGUGGAAUGUUGGUUUAAAUCUGAGACGGCUUGUGGUGUUGGGAUGGAGAAUUGGGACAUGGGCAAGGUGAAGGAAGGUAUAAAUAUGGGUGGAGGAGGGUGGCACGGGCAAGGGUGGCUUGGUAGCGGUAAAUGGGGGGUGGUAAAGACCGAGAUGGAUAAGAAGGGUGUGUGUAGUUCCUGUGGUGAGAAACUUGUGUGCAUUGACAUUGACCCUAAAGAGACUGAUAAUUUUGCUUGUUCAUUGAGUUCUUUGGCAUGCAAAAAAGAAAAACUGGCUGACUUUUUGAAGUUCCAGCGGUGGCUUCAGAGUAAUGGACCUUUUGAUGCAGUUGUGGAUGGUGCUAAUGUUGGCCUUUGCGACUCAGAAUCUUUUGACUUUAGGCAGCUUGCUAAAGCUGUAAAUAGGCUACAACAAAUUAGCCCUACAAAGAAAUUGCCUCUUGUCAUUCUUCAUCAAAAUCGUGUUUAUACUGGCCCAGCUGAAACUACUAAUAUAAAGAGAAUGUUGGGGAGCUGGAGGAAGGCUGGUGCCAUUUAUGCCACCCCACAAGGUUCAAAUGAUGACUGGUAUUGGUUAUACGCGGCUGUUAGAUGCAAUUGUUUGUUGCUUACAAAUGAUGAGAUGAGGGACCACUUGUUCCAGCUGCUAGGAAAUAGCAUUUUCCCUCGAUGGAAGGAAAAACAUCAGAUCAGGAUGACAGUCUCAAAAAGUGGACUUGUCCUCCACAUGCCUCCACCGUAUUCAAUUGUAACUCAAGAAUCUGAAAGUGGUAGUUGGCAUAUACCUACAGUAACAGGUGAUGACCUCAAAAUACCUAGACAGUGGCUCUGUGCUACUAGAGUUACUAAAAUUAAAUCCAAAGUUAAAGCUCAAUUGUCCAAUUGAGUCUUUAAAGGUUGAUCACUUCAUGGAUAGAGACUAAUAAAGAGAGAAUGAUUGAAUCUAUUUCUAGUGGUUAAUCUCCUGGGUUUCUGCUUCAUAAUGCACAAGCGGUAAUAUGUUUGAGAUUGAUAGCUCAUCUAUUUUAAUGUAGUCUUUGUUAUCAUAUUUUGGGAAAGAAAUUCCCUUGGCUUGUAUUUGUUACAUCUAUGAAGUACUUCAUAUAAAGAAAUUAUUCUCCUA